CGCCCUCUGCCUCUCUUACUCAAUCCACAACGCUUUUUCGCUUUGUUCUUCUUUGUCGUCUUCCUCUCUCUCUCUCUCUCUAAUCUUCGAAAGCCCAUAGCGAAACCACCCAGAACUCAAAAAUCCCAUGGAGGUUAAGCGUCGAACGGUUCGCUCCCUUGUGGGGAAGCUGAGCUCUGUUUCUGAGCAGACCCAGCUCGAUGCUCUCCGCCAGCUGCGCUUGAUGACCAAGCAGGACGAAGAGGCCCGACCCGUGAUCGUUGAUUCGGGUGCGAUUCCCUACUUGGCUGAUACUCUCUUGUCGUCUUCACACGAUUUCCAAGAGAACGCCUCGGCGACGCUUCUCAACAUCUCGAUUUCCUGUAGAGAGUCCCUCAUGUCCACACGCGGAGUGCUCGAUGCCAUCUCGCACUUGCUUACCCGCCAUAACUCGACUUCGUCUGCUCCCGCUGUCCAAUCCUGCGCCGCCACGUUGUACAGCCUCCUCGUCGUCGAUAACUAUAGGCCUAUCAUUGGUUCCAAGCGUGACAUUGUGUACGCGCUCGUGGAUAUUAUCAAAACCCCCAAUUCGCCGAUCAGAUCGAUCAAGGACGCUCUCAAGGCUCUGUUUGGAAUCGCUCUUCAUCCGCUUAAUCGGUGCACGAUGAUACAACUUGGUGCGGUUGAAGCUCUUUUCUCGUUGGUUCAGAAGGACCGGAAGGUCGGGAUUGUGGAGGAUGCGACGGCGGUGAUAGCGCAAAUCGCGGGCUGUGAAGAGAGCGAGGAAGCGUUUCAGAAGGUGUCGGGAAUCGGUGUGCUGGUUGAUCUUCUGGAUAUGGCGAAUAAGUCGAGCAUGAAGACGAAGGAGAAUGCUGUCUCUGGGUUACUGAAGCUAGUGAGAUGUGGAGGGGAGAAAGUAGCCAUGGAUGUGAGAAUGAGAGCUUUAGGGGCAUUCGAUGGAAUUGCGGACGUGCAACUGAACGGAAGCACCAAAGGGAAGAGCAAGGCGGCGGCGUUAUCGGUGGAAUUGAUCGGAGAUGGAAACCAUUGGAAUACACAGAGGGAUUCCCGGUUUGAUUCCUCAACAAGUCAAGACUCAUCAUUUUCAUUCAAUUUCUCGACAGAUUCAUCAGAAUUUGGUCUAUAGUUCUGAUUUAAUCCCAAAAGAUCUGUGCAUCAACAGCUCAAGGUGUGUGAAUCAGUGCACUAAUUCUCUGACCUUCGUGCUUAAACUGGCAUGCUAGAAAUUUGGUGCUUUUCAACAGCUGAAGUCUUCCACUUUUGAGAAAUCCAAGCUCACUCAGAAAUAUUGAGUAGUCUAUUAGUGAAUCAAGAUGACUUACUGUGUGGGAGGACUACUUGAGAGCAACAAUCAACCCCACAAAUACGUUGGAAGACAUGCUGUGACUUUUUAUGAUUACACUAAAAUGCUAGAAAUGGGGUUCAGUCAAAUUUGUCUGUUUCUUGUUUAGUUGCUGUGGGAGUGGCUACUGGCUAGGCCUAGGCCCCACCGUCACUGUGAGUUGGGUUCACUAUAUACGUACAUGUGUAAGUGAAAUUGCGCGUUUAUAUACUAAAAGUGUGGCAUUUCACUAUUUGGGUACUACCAGUAUUGCCUGCUUCUUGAAGUGGAUUGGAUUACAGGAACAAACUUGGAUAUAAUCUAUGACUGCUAGAUCCUCAUUUUAUAGUAGAAACUUUUGAGUCCUGAGACCAGAAGCUGAAGGCUGGACUGUCUACUUGUUAUUACAUCACUAGUUUUGAUAGGCCAUCAAUGGAUCAAUCUUUUGCAUGAAGAUGUGAGUAAGCAAUGGGCUGU